UUUGCGCGCGCUUGAAAUCAAACACAAGAUAUAAAUAAUUUUUUGUACCUAAAUGUAGGUAUGUUAUGAAACAGAUUAUUAGAAAUAACUAUUUUAGUAAAUAAAUAGAAGUAUAAAUGUUCUCCUGCCAAGUGUUGAUAUAUUUAGUUAUUACUUCUUUAUUGUUAGUUGAAACAUUAUUUAUACCGUUCACUGACCCUUCAAAGUGUCAAGUCGGUCAGUAUUUUCAAUUUUCAUCUCUUCGUUGCAUUAAUUGUGAUACUAAUCAAAUAAAGAGUCAAGAUGGCUUGUCGUGCGUUUGUGCCAAUGGUUUUCGUUUUAUUAAAAAUAAUGGUGGUUUACAGGUUCAGUGUACUCAAUGUGAUGAUUUGCAAGUGCAAUCUUCAGAUGGGUGGUCGUGUAUUAAUUGCCCAACUGAUGCAGAUUUCAAUAUGCUUACUAAAACAUGCAAUACUUGUUCAGGCCAGUCAAUAGCAAUUGAUCGUCAGUUAAAUGGAGAAUUAAGUUCAAGACAGCAAUGUUUAAGUUGUCAAAAUGACACUCAGAUAACAAACACUUAUCAAACUUUUUGUAAGAGAUGUGAUCAAAGUGUUCUUGAUAUCACAGGUGGUUCUUGUCAAUGUCCUGUUGGUGUUACUGUGCAAGGUAGUGUGAUCAAUGAAGGAGGAAAAUGUUUGUCUUCUCAGACCACUCCAUUUAUCAACAGUAUACCAUCAAUUUAUCCACUUAAUUAUGUUUUUUUGCAAAGAAAUAUUCGUGUUGCACAAGCAUUAUGUAAUAGUUACCAAAAUUUUACAGCCUGUCAGCUACUAGGAAAUCUGUGUGUGCUUCAUAUGUAUAAUACAGAUAAUUUUGAUAAUUUGCUAACUGUUUCUACAGACCCAUGCAAAGAAUUCUUAAAACUUCAAAGGGAGUACAAAGGUGAGUUUAAUGGCAAUCUUGAUUGGCCAGCCACUAUGCCAUGGCUAUAUUACACUACUGUCACAUCUAAUGAAAUUUUAAGUGCAACAGAUAUAAAAACUAUUUUUUCACGAGGUCAGUUAAUGCAAUUUGUUGCUGUAAAGAUUUCUGCUAGUGGAAAGUUUCUUGGAAUCACUACAGAUAUAGGGUUUUUAAAUUUAUGUCAAAAUUCAAAAUCCACUUCUUUUAAUACCAUUGCAUUUACAUUUCCAACAACAUACAAAUCUCAGUGUAAAUUAAGCAUAUCUUCAGAUAAAAAAAAAGAAGAGAUGGUUUUUUAUGACUUGUAUAUGUUAAUUGACAAUUUAUUUUUGUAUCCUGUGCCUGUUCUUGUGGCUAAUGUACUUUCUGGAAAUCAGUUCAUAAAUCAGGGCAGUUCAAACAAUUGGAAAAUGACAAGAAGAUUUUUCCUGCUUGAUAAUUUAAGUGGUUUAACAAAUCCAGAUAAAAACCCAGAUUAUUUCCGUUAUGCAAGUUCACUGCAAUUACGCUUUAUGUUAAGAGGAGAUGGUCUCAUAUUUCCUCCUGUUUUGCACGUAAAAUACACAGAUGUUCAGUUUUCAGACAGUAACUCAGAAUUAGCACAAGAGUUUAAUGUUUUAUAUGAAAUGAAUACACUCAAUAUCAUUGAGAAUAUUAAGAUUGCUGUUGGCACUCUUUCUAUAGUGGCAAUUUUUUAUGCUGUUGUAAGAAUUGUUAGUUGGCGACGUCGAAUGGGAUCAAUAAUGCUUGAUUGCAACAGUUUCAUAGUGUACACUGUCUUUCUCUUUAGCGGAUUAUCCUUAGUUUUUUGGAUGGUUUCAUUUUUUGCAUGCUUCUUAUGGCUUAUAAUCUUCAAAAAUCAAACAACUGUGAUUUUUUUACUUCCGACUGCUGAUCAAGAAGUUCUUAUUAAAAGUUUGCUUGUGGCAGCCUUAAUCAUGAAGUUUAUUGACAUAUUACAUAUUAUCUAUAAUCAGAUAAAUGUUGACAUGUUUAUUAUUGACUGGGAACGACCUCGUGGAGUUGUCACUACAAUAGAAAAUGGCUCUCAAAAUAAUGUUUUAACACCAGUCAGUAUAAUACGUACCUUAUUUGUUGCAAAUGAAUGGCAAGAACUGCAAGCAAUACGAAGAAUUAAACCAACUUUACAAUUAGUUUUAGUCCUAUUAUUCCUGAAGGUUUUUGGAUUUGAAUACUUGUGUACAACAGAUCCAAUAACUCGGUACUCUGUCACAAGCACAGAUUAUGUUGGAGAAUAUAGUUUUACAUUACGCUUUGCAGUCAUAAGUUUCUUGUUUUUUGGAAUUGCCAUUACACAAUCAAUUAUUUUUGGGAUUUUCUAUGAAAGAUUUAUAAGUGAUUCUUUGAGAGAUUUUGUUGAUUUUUGUUCAUUGAGUAAUAUCAGUUUGUUUAUUAUGCCUUGCUCCCAAUAUGGCUUCUAUAUACAUGGAAGAUCAAUUCAUGGCAGAUCUGAUACCAGUCUUCAUGAAUUAUUUAAACAAUUUCAGCGUGAAGAGGAAAAUUUAUGUGGUAAAAGAGGUUUGGAACCCAACAGUGAUCAUCAAGUGUUUGAAUUUACACUUACAUCAAAAUUUCGUUUAACUUAUGAAAAAAUUUUACAACCUUUGAUGACAAGAAAUGAAAACAAUACAAGAAGAAAUCCAACUUCUGCAAAGCAAAAUCCAGCUCUACCAGGAAGUUCUCUUCCUCCUUUUUUGGAGCUAAGCGUGCAUGCUUAUGAAACCAUGAACAAGUACCUAACAACAUUUAUUGAGCAUGCUUUACGAGAUAAUGAUUACAUAGUUAAAGAAAAGCUCCUUAUGGAAAAGCUUUUUAAUUUGGAAUUGCAGUCCCCACUUGAAAAAAGUAUUUUUUAUAACGACGAGCGGCGUGUUUUUACAGAAGUGCUGUUAUAUGGUCAAGAGUGGAAUUUGCUUCUAUUUACAUUAUUGUUUUAUCUCGUUGUUGACUGGUUAUCCGGCUAUAAUACCAUUCUUGCCGUCGUUUUGAGUUAUUUUAUUGACAGUGCUAUAGUAAGUGUCAGACACACUUUUGGAAAAAAGAACUUAGCUCGCAAAACAAUGGUUGAUCAACGUUUUUUAAUAUGAUAUCUGUUUUCUUCUUUUAGUUUUUAUAUGCUAUAUA